AUGGAUGUUCAGCCUGGACAUUGCUGGCGUUGUGAGAGGGUUCUCCCUCAACAUUCAGUGCCUUGCGAGUUUUGUAAGAUGGCGAAGUACUGCAGCACGCCAUGCCGAAACAGAGACAAAGUCAGACAUGGAAGUGUGGAGUGCCAACUUUAUGGGCUCAAAACAUGUGCCGCAUGCGGAAGGAGGGCUCCAAAUAUCAGUGAGUGUGCAGGUUGCAACAAUGCGUGGUACUGCGACAAGGAGUGUCAACUGAGUAACUGGCCAGCCCAUAAAGCGUCAUGCAUUCGAGUAAAGCAUACAAUAAAACAGAUGUCUGUCGAGUUUGCGGAGAGAAAUUCAAGACUGGCAUGUAACGCAUGGUUUGCAGGCCCACCUUACUAUGUUGGGAACACUCUAGCUAAAGACUUUCUUAAACUUGACAGUAACGAGUUGUCUAAAGAGAUGGCAGCUGAACAGUUGACCAGGGACUUCCAUGUCUUAUCCGCUGGAUGCGGAGACUUGCGCAACACUGUGAUGACAGCUGCUUCCUUGCCUGAUAAGUACCGGGGAAAACUUCACAUAACUCUGAACGAUUUUGACCCGUUUGUCAUGGCAAGGAAUGUGCUGUUUCUCUUCAUGUUGGUCCACUUCGCAGACACUGACUACAUUGCUUCCAGUUUGACAACCAUCUGGUACUCACUCCAUAUUUCCAAGAGAGAAUAUGACUUGAUCAAGACAAGCUUGGAUGAACUCAUUCAGAUGAGUGCUCAGCAACUCCACGACGCCACCAAAGGACUGGUGAGUGUCCUGGAUGAAGAUCUGAGGUAUCUGUGUCAGGUUUGGAAAGGAUGGCAAUCAUUGGAAUGUCUACGAGAAAAAAGAUCCUCCAUUAAUCUCAGAAAGCAGAGAAAGGCAUUGUUUGAGGCUCAAGAUGUAAAAACAGGUGUGAAACUAUAUGUUAAUCGCCUGCCUGAUGAGAACAAACAGUUCAUGAAGGAGUGGUUUGACCACGCACUGUUUGUCCCAACUGAAAGUCCCCAAAAAACACAACUGCCCUAUGAAAAUCCCACACUAACUGGAAGAGAAGGUAAAACAUCUGCGACACCAGAUAUAACGCCACCGGAAGAUGUCCCAUUUGUGUACUGUGUUGAUGUAGCAACACUGCCUUACAUUGUGUGGGACUGUUUGAGAGUAAAGGAGAACACCCCUGGAGCCAUCCCCUCUCCGAUGGUGAUGUACCACAAGUACGUGACUAACCUCCUCCAGAAAGUCAAGAGUCUCAUCCUUCAAGGAAGGCUCCUUAUCCAGGUCUCCUUGGCUAACUGUCUGGACUUUCCGAAUCACCAUCAAACCUGGAGCAUGCCCAACUAUGACAGAAUCUUCACCUCCAACCUUGCUGACUAUGAUGGAGUCGCUAAACUCCUACAGACAUUCAAACAACUUCUUAAUACCAGCAACAGCGACUCAACGAUUGUCACUAAUCAUUGGAAUUGGAUCGAAGAUGUACCAGGAGCAAAUAUUGAAACUUUUGCUUUUACAAGUGUGUUUCAGAGAUGUAAAGAGUUGUGUAUUAUAGACACAGGUUCAUAUACCGAUGGCUACAACAACGUACGAGAGUAUUAUAACAAUACCUCUCACUUUCUCCAGUAUCUCAGAGCACAUAUCAUGGCAGGGGGACUUGGCAUACCAUCACUCACGGAAGUACCAUCAUUUGAGAGUGUCAAGAAAUAUCACGGCCUCCAAAUGCGUGACUUCCGGAAGGGACAGAACAAACUGGUUCCAUUCCAGUAUAGGCUGAAUGCAAGACUUCUUAAUAUGAUGUGUGGGUAUAACAAAGCUGUGGAGUGGUGUCUGCCUCAGGGUAGUUAACAAUUAGGGUCAGGACAAGCUAAGCAACUGCCAAGGCAAAUAAAUUCACUGCAAGCUGAAUGAAUCUCAAGUGGAAAGGAUAUAUAACAUGUAUAUUACUGACAGAAAUUACAAUGAAAUUAAGUCAAA